CACACACACACACACGGCUCGUUGUUUAGCGUUAGCCGUCCUGCGCUUCGCCACUACAGUAAUAACCGGACAUGACAGCUCUCACCUCGAGGGAAACAAGAGUUCAAAGAGUCGUCUUUCGCUGCCGCGCGGGAUCAAAGUGAGCGGGGCGGGGGACGCCAGGCGGGCACCGUACAGCUCGGUUUGUGCUCACCGACCGACCGACCGAGGGGAGCGGAGCAACACGUUACACCAAAAUGGCAACCCCCUAUGUCCAAGAUGAAUCUGGGAAAUAUAUUGCUGCCACUCAGCGACCUGAUGGAACAUGGAGGAAGCCGAGGCGAGUGAAGGAUGGUUACACUCCACAGGAAGAAGUGCCAGUCUAUGAAAACAAGUUUGUGAAGUUCUUCAAGAGCAAACCCGACCUGCCGCCUGGGAUGAGCCCGUCAGAGGCGGCUCCGUCAAAGCAGCAGAAGAUCCCCGGCUGCGGGGACAGCGAGACAGCCGGACUCUCCAAGUCCGCCAAACGCAACAUGAAACGCAAAGAGAAACGAAAACAGCAGCAGCUACCGGACGGGGACGCCGACGUGGACUCUGUGAGCGACGCCGUCAAUAACGUGUCCAUCUCAGAGAGUGGCAAGACUUCAGACAAGACGGAGGAGCCAGUCUCUGUCUCGUCUCCAAAUGAUUCCUCAGCAGCAGCAGAAAAGGCCAAGAAGAUAAAAAACCUGAAAAAGAAGCUGCGGCAAGUGGAGGACUUGCAGCAGAAAGUGGACUCAGGGGAAAUAACAGAGCCAACAAAGGAUCAGCUGGAAAAGCUGGGUCGGCUUCAGGCCUUACAGGAUGAGCUACGGCAGCUGGAGCUCGAUUCUUGAAGCAAUGCAGGAAACAGAAGAGUCGGACUGACUUAAUAUACAAACUACAUACUGACAGACAGGGAAGGGACCUUUGCAGCUUCGCGAUCAUAGCUUCGAUUAAACACAUUCUACCUAUUUGAUAUUCAUCAUGAACUCUGGCAGCGAACACAGUCCUGACAGGAAGUCCACGUAGCAGGAACCACGUCUUCAGAACUGACCGGCCCGUUUCUAGAUUCAGAUCUCCAGAUAACCGUAUGACUCCUGCUCACACACUUGUAUCGGCCAGGUCACUCAUUUAUAAAUACCUUUUAAAGACAUCAUUGUAAAACGUUUUGUGCUCGUCUGUCCUUUCCAUUUUGUACCUUUCAUAGCAUCAGGUGUUACUUACACACACAGUAUUUUCUGUUAAAGAGAAUAUAGUUUAUUGACUUGUCUGCUCUAAGAAAUAACAUUAUUUUUCUGUGGAUUAUUGGAUCGUGUAGUCGCACUGAUGUUGAGCCAAUGUCUAUUCAGUCAUUACAUUAAUUAAAACUACAUGCUGCAUAAAA